GAACUGGCUAACUCUCAGGAACACGAAGACGCUGAUUCCAGCAACCAAAGGCUGGUUCUCACCCUUUAUGAUGCCCUAAGCUCCCUCGACUCCGACACGGUGGUUACCAUUCUCGCCCCUCACCUCGAUUGGUGGUUCCACGGUCCCCCCUCUCACCAGUUUUUGAUGCGCCUCCUCACCGGCCACUCCUCCUCCUUCCGCUUUGUCCCUCAGUCUCUCACCUCCUUCGGCCCCACCGUCCUCGUCGAAGGCUGCGACACCUCCCUUUCCAUCUCUUGGGUUCACGCCUGGACCGUCACAAAUGGGGUAAUAACCCACCUCAGGGAGUACCUAAACACUUCCCUCACCGUCACCCGCAUCGCCGACUCCUCCGAUAUCACCGCCGCCGCAGAAACCUCGCCGUCCCUCCAUUGCCCCUCCGUCUGGGAAAGCACCGUCUCUGACCGGGUUGGAAAAUCCGUGCCGGGUCUCAUCCUUACCAUAUAA